CCCUUUUUUGCUCAUCUGUUAAUUCGCUAGUCCGCCUCAUGUCGCAUACCUAGCUCAUGUUAGGUGCCAAGACAGGUACCGUUAGGUGAGGCUUUUUUCUCCCUCUUGAAAUGUGACCGAUGAGCCCAGUCUUAGGUACUAGAUAUACGGAAGGUAACUUAUCGUAAUUUAACUUGGCGAAGAGUCAUAUGCUUGACGUACAGGGAGUGCAUUGAAGUUUUUGAAACAACUAGUCUUCAUAAUAUACCUCGAUAGUAGGUAGAUACUCGACAUAUUUAACUUGAACUUGCCGCCCCCCUAUGUCAUUGUCUUUUUUUUGAAUAAGAAUAUAUUCCAUCGUCAAGACAUUUACACCCAUCAUCUCUCGAAAUGGCAUCCCAGAAACCUAUCAUAGUGCUGAUUCAUGGCGCAUUCCUUUCGCCAUUGCACUACCGGAAAAUUAUCGAGCCUCUGCGCUCUCAGGGAUACAUCGUGUUGAGCCCGCCGAUGGCAACAACGGGUAUCGACGACUCCGUGGCAGGGAAGACUUACGUCGACGAUGUGAAGCGCCUUCUCGAUUGCCUUCUUCCUUACUUGGACGAGGGCAGAGAAGCCGUGGUAGUUGGUCAUAGCCAGGGCGGAAUUGCCGCCAGUGCUUUGACAGAGGGCCAGACCAUCGAGGACCGGAAAGCCAAGGGCUUGAAAGGAGGCAUCAAAUCAGUCAUUUAUCUGACCGCUCUUGCAAUACCAAUGAAAGGCGCAAGUUUAUUAAGCAUAUUAGGCGGGGCGCCGGCGGCGGAGACGCAGAAACCUGAGGAGGCACCUCCUAACAAUUUAUGGGCCGAGCAGGGCCCCUUCUACGUUCUUACCGAGUCAGCUCUGUCGUCCAUGAACUCCGACUUUCCGAUCUCAGAAGAAGACCAUAAAGAAGUGACGAGGAGCUUAAUGCAUCAGAGCAAGGCAAGUCUAGAAGCCCCUAUACAAUUCUGUGCAGCCGACGUUACUGUCCCCAAGACGUAUAUCGUCUGCACGGAGGACAAAUCCCUUCCCGCUCCUCUUCAAGAGCAACUCGCCCACGCAACUGGGUGUGAUAUCGUUAGGCUCCCAGUUACACAUUUCCCCUUCUUUGAGAGCGGUGAUAGCUCGAAGAAGGUUGUCGAUGCCAUUGUGGAUGCCGCUGGGAAGUGACGGGUACGAGUUGAUCAUACGGGAUAUAUAAGCAGUUAGCUGCCAUAACAACCUUGUAUGCAAGAACAUCUAGAUAUGUUUCGUCUCUCUCCUCAGUCCCUUGUAUAAUAGCUUUAAUAUAAUAUUCAAGAAUAUCGAAGACAAUUGGAUAUCAAAAGUGUGGUAUUAACAGUCGAUAGCUAUUGCUGCGCAGUAAAAGAUACUCGACCUGUGUAGGCUGUCAACAUGACGCUAAGUAGAAGGGUAAACAAGAUAUACUUGUUGUUCUAGUUAAAGAGUUAUUUUCUGUAACUUGCUUACAAUGUUAAAUGAGAAG